AUUGUUGACCGUUAGGUUGUUGACAUGGGAACGGAUUAGUAGGCUUUGUUUAUUCAAGCAGGUGGCGACGUCAACGCCAGCGCCAUAGUGUUUGUCUUCUGAUCACCAAGAUAGGUAUCAGACAGGUGUGAAGCACUUCAUACGGCCUGUCUUUUCUAAUUUGUGUGUGUGAGAUAUUAAAUGUGUGUGUGUGUGUGUGUAUUUGUGGACGGGCGUUUGAGCGGUUCUGUGCUCGGGGCCCAUAGUUACGCAUGUCACACCCCACCAAUGGGUGUCUAGCAGGGGCCUUCACAGCUGCGUGUCGUGGGCCCCCACGUGACCACGACUGGUAUGCUAGGGCUGGGUCCCCCCCUCCCUCCUCCUCUCUCUGUCUCUGGUGUGGUCCGCACCACUCGGCCGUAGACCAGCCCGCGGUCCCUCGGCUGUACCACCGCCUCAUCAGCCCAACCCCACCGGCCCCUGCUGCGCUAUGGAGGAGAGAGGCUCCCCUCGGGUCCGGGGGAAGAGGUUGGGUCUGGCCCUCAGCGUGCUCCGUCUCCGUCACAGGGCCCACCUGAGCAGGCCUGACACCCAGCAGAAAGCCCCAGCUAGUGCCCCGACUCCUCCACCUCCCCCUCCACCUCCCCCAGAGCCGGCUGGACCCCCAGAGCCGGAGGAGGAGAUCCUGGGCUCAGACGAUGAGGAGCAGGAGGACCCCGCAGACUACUGCAAAGGAGGGUACCAUCCGGUGAAGAUAGGGGACCUUUUCAAUGGGAGGUACCAUGUGAUCAGAAAGCUGGGGUGGGGGCACUUCUCCACCGUCUGGCUGUGCUGGGACAUACAAGUGAAGAACUUUGUGGCCAUGAAGGUGGUGAAGAGUGCUCAACACUACACAGAGACGGCUCUGGAUGAGAUCAAACUGCUAAGAUGUGUGAGGGAGAGCGACCCUGCAGACCCCAACAAGGACAUGGUGGUGCAGCUCAUAGACGACUUCAAGAUCUCGGGGGUCAACGGCAUACAUGUGUGCAUGGUUUUCGAGGUGCUGGGCCACCACCUGCUGAAGUGGAUCAUCAAGUCCAACUACCAAGGCCUGCCACUGGCCUGCGUCAAGAGCAUCAUCAGACAGGUUCUGCAGGGCCUGGACUACCUGCACAGUAAGUGUAAGAUCAUCCACACGGACAUCAAGCCGGAGAACAUCCUGAUGUGUGUGGACGACGCCUUCGUCCGUCGCAUGGCGGUCGAGGCCACUGAGUGGCAGAAGUCCGGGGCCCCGCCCCCUUCUGGAUCAGCAGUCAGCACAGCCCCCCAGAUCAAACCGGUGAGUACAACAGAUGUGGGGAAGAUCUCCAAGAACAAGAAGAAGAAGCUGAAGAAGAAGCAGAAGCGGCAGGCGGAGCUCCUGGAGCGCCGGCUCCAGGAGAUCGAGGCCCUGGAGAGGGAGGCCGACCAGCUGGAGGAGCCCCCCCAGGGACAGGAGGGGGACGGCGGGGACAACGCCAGCGAAGGCGGGGUCACGGAGCACAGCACCAACGCCAACGCCAGCCCCGGCGCCGCUCCUCAGGCCGCCGUCGCCGCCGCCGCCGCCGCCGCCACCGCCCGCCGGCCCGGACCCGCCAUGGCCCCAGGGGAGAGCGAGGAGGAGGACGAGGAGGAGGACGACGAGGAGGAGGAUGAGGAUGACGGGGAGGAAGAGGAGGAGGAGGAGGAUGAGGAGGAGGAAGAGCAGGAGGGAGAGGCCGGGACGGGUACGGUAGAGAGGGAGAGGCCCACCAGACUGACCAAUCACACGGGCGCAGCGCCGCCGCAGGGGCACAGCCAGACGCGCCGCGCCACAGACAGUCGCCGCGGCAACAAAGCGGACGACGACGACGACGAGGAAGAGGAAGAGGAGGAGGAGGAGGAGGAGGCCACACCCACCGGUGACCCGGAGCUGUCCCUCAACCCCGACCCGCACCGGGGGGCGAAGAGAGAUGAGACACCAGGAGCAGCUCUGGAGCGGCAGCAGAAAGGGAAGGAGGAGGGGAAGGAAGAGGAGGAGGAGGAGGAAGAGGAGGAGGAGGAGGAGGAGGAGGAGGAGGAGGAGGAGGAGGAGGAGAAGACGAGGAAAGACGACGCAGGAGAAACAGGGACCGGGGAGAACGACGGCAAGCCGGAGCCGCAGGAGGAGCAGAAGGAGUCGGGGAACUCCAAGCAGCAGACGAAGGAGGAGGAGGACGAAGACGAAGACGACGGCGACGACGACGCCGAAGACGACGACACCACCACCGACCUGCUGACGGACAACGCCUGCUCGCCCAUCCGGCGCCACAACAACAACAACAACAACAAGAGCACUCCGCGGACCAACGGCCACGUGCUGACGGGCUCCGAGCCGGGCUUCAAGGCGUUCCGGGGACACCCUCCGCAGCUGUGCUUCCCGCCGCCCUCCCCCACCCACACCCACACCCCCACCGGGGCGCUCCUCUGCCCCCUGGUGGAGUCGGAGCUGAGCUACACCGACCGGGACAACUCCCUGAGCUCCUCCGGGUACGAGAUGUACAACGGGGAGGUGGCCGAGCGGGGGCUGACCAACGGCUCGGCCGAGCGCCACCGGUCGGCCGCGCCCCGCUUCCCGGACCUGCCCCUGGACCCGGAGCCGGGAAGCCCCGUGUCGGUGGGCAUGGCGGACAUCGGGGCGGGGCCCUCGCCCGACAGCCCCGUGGCCGACCGCAGCCGCACCGUGUCGUCCUCAAGCACCGGGGAGACCCCCAAAGGAGAUGCAUUGGACCAUCCCUACAUGAGUGACAUCAGGGCCAGAGCCGCUGACCUCUUGGUGAACCCUUUGGACCCCUGCAACGCCGACUCCAUCCGGGUCAAGAUCGCUGACCUGGGCAACGCUUGCUGGGUGCACAAGCACUUUACCGAGGACAUCCAGACGAGGCAGUACCGCUCCAUCGAGGUGUUGAUAGGAGCCGGAUACAGCACGCCUGCCGACAUCUGGAGCACCGCCUGCAUGGCGUUUGAGCUGGCGACCGGAGACUAUCUGUUCGAACCCCAUUCCGGAGAGGAUUACUCCCGUGAUGAAGACCACAUCGCCCUGAUCUCUGAACUCCUCGGGAAGGUCCCGCGUAAACUGUUCGUUGCCGGGAAGUACAGCCGGGAGUUUUUCUCCAAGAAAGGAUUUAAAUAUUCCUCCCUUGAUGUCACGCUGCGGUGCCGAGAUCUGAGCGGGGGCGCUUGAUGUCUCGACGUGCCCUCUUUGAUUUGCACUCGGCAAUCUGUUAAUCGGGUCUGAACAGGAUGCACGGCCUCUAUUAGUCAUGCCUUGCCUUGCCUGCGCUGCCCCCUGCCUGUCCCCCAAUUGGUGCAUGCAUGUCUGAUCACAAUGAGCGGAGUGACGCUGUGUCUUAAUGGCCCUCCAUGUCUGGUUUUCUACGCUCCCUCAUUGAUUCGUGGUUCAUUUUUUGAGCAAUACAUUUUCAACAUGAGUACGCAAAAUAACAAACUCUUGGUUUGAUAAAAACUGAAAAUAUAGACCAUCUUAUUUAUAUUUUAUGAUAUAAAUUAUGUAUUGCGUUUAAUUCACAGUAUACAGCUUGUAUUGUAUCCUAUAAUAUGCCAUACAAACACUGGGACAGUAGGAAACCAGGGUUGCCAUGGCAGCGAUGGAUGGAUUGUAACAAAAGCCCUGACUUGAUAUUCCAACGAUCUAUCUCAAAUUGUCAUCUCUCUGUCCCUCAACCACUCCUUUUCUCUUUAUCUUCUAAACUGCGUGGGCCUUCCUCUUUGUACUCGUCUCAAUCAUUCUCUCUCUUGACUUCCCCCUCUCCAUUUUCCUUUCUCCUCCUUUGUUGUGCAUUUGGCUCUCCUCACACUGCUGCGCGUCUCCCGUCCGCCCUCUGUCGCCCCCUGCAGGCGAGCUGCGGCACAUCACCAAGCUGAAGCCCUGGUCCCUGUUCGACGUGCUGGUGGAGAAGUACGGCUGGUCGCACGAGGACGCCGGCCACUUCACCCACUUCCUGCUGCCCAUGCUGGAGAUGGUGCCCGAGAAGAGGGCGUCCGCCAGCGACUGCCUCAUCCACCCUUGGCUCAACUCGUAGCCAGGCACUCCCAUUACAGGACCCCCCUGGAAUACACCAACCAACCACCACCCUCACCACCACCACCACUACCCCCAACACCACCGCCGCUUCCUCAAUGAACCAUGACCCCCCCCCCCCCAAACCCCAACCUCCCCGCCGCGGGAGCUAGCUGAGACCUACCCCCUAAUACACACACACACACACACACACACACACACACACACACACUCACCAUCAACACCAUGGCGUCAGGCCGACUGAAGAACAGAGAGCGCCAAAAACCAAACGUGAGAAAAGAGAGAAAAGUCCGAAAAUGGAGGCGAGAUGUUGUUUGAUGCGAGAUGAUCCACGGCGCCCAAAGACACGCGCUCACCUGCCGACAUGACCCGGGUCCUAGUGCCCUCUUUGAACACCACCACAAGCACCAUCACCCCCACCACCACCCACCUCCUGAGCUGGUUAGUGUGUUUGUGUGUGUGUGUGUGUGUGUGGGGGGGGGGGGGGGGGGUGCCAAGGCAGGUGGAUGCGCAGCAUGGAAUCACAAUGACUGACAGCAGAGGGUCCUGACCGCCAGGGUCGGAACCAAGAACCUGCUGGGAGCAACAGCUGCACUGCGGAGGUUGAGAGGAAUGUACUCGAGGCCUGUGUGCGUCCAGUCCCCCCCCCCCCCCCCCCCCCUCUCUGUAUCAGUCUCUCGUCCCAUCCCUUCCCUUCCCUUUGUAAACAGCUCGGACCCCCAGACCCCUGGGGAGUGGGGGUUGGUGUGGGUGGCGGUGAUGGUGAUGGUGGAGGAGGUGGGGUGGGGUGGGGGGGAGGUGGAGCUGAGGAACUAUCUCACACACCCGAAGACAAACAGUAAAUCUCAAGUCCUUGCAGUCGGAAGGCAAGGGGAGACCACUCCCUUUCUCCCUUCCUGUCAUGAAACACCCAACAGAAGAAGACAUAUAAACUACACUCAAGCAUGGAGAGAUCGAUCGGCAUGAAUGGAUUGAUUUAUAAAGUACAGUCAUGGACGAAGGAAUGAUGCCUAUUUAUACAAAGUGCAUUUUGCUUUUUUGCUUUUCUUUCGGUUUGGCCUCUCACUUCUGCCGCUGGUGAUCCCCGUUCGAGGGCAAAAGUCACAAACUGACAGCUUGUCCGGUUUGCUUCCCAACCAUACACUUUAGACAUUCCCGGGUCCUUGAAUCCAUUCCCAGCAUUUCCCCGACUUUGCUGUUCCCCAGCUCAGAACCCCAGAACAUUCCCUGUGACCCAUGCUGUGGCCUGUUCCCUCUUUAAGUCAAUCAAUGAUGGAAUACACUUUCCCCGAAUCCCCUUUCGCCAGUGCAGCAAUGGUCAAAAGCGGAGGUUGCACUUGUCUUUGAAGAUCUCGUUCAGGGAUCUUUGUACAUAUAUAAAAUCGAGACCUGGCAACAAAGAUACACAAAACAAAGUCCCCCUUACCAAGUAUCAUUCCGAUAAGAGAGGUUGUGUUUUUGCCGGGAGACUGUUCCUUACCCGUUCAUUUGGGAAGAGUCGUGGAAGUCGGCAGUGUGGAUUAUUUCAGGUGAACUGCACCACCUUGUGGUCGAAUGAGAGUACUGCCCCUCGCACACUGCAGUAGCUCUCUGUGCCAACGCUCCAAGACGUUCCACUUUAUCACACCACUUAUCUCUAUUUCCGUAUCUCUCUAUAUCUCUCUUACACACACAAACACACACACAAACACACACACACACACACACACACACACACACACACACACACACACACACACACACACACACACACACACACACACACACACACACACACACACACACACACACACACACACACACACACUUACAUAGGUACACACAUAACCGUAUCAUCACAAUUAGUCCAGUUGCCUAUUUUUUCGCAAUAAAUGAAAAAAGAUGAGUAUAAGUAAAUUGUGAGAUAUUUUUAAAAACUAUUUAAUUCAUUUAAAAAAAGAGAAAAAAUGAAAACAACAUUUCUCUGGUUGUUGUAACCGUGACCGAAUCUCGUCUUCUAUUGAGGUGAUUGUGUUCGUCUGUUGAAGAGAUUUUAUUUCUUUUGUAAUUAUUAUUAUUAAUUAUUAAUAACCCUCAGAUCCGUUUUUUUCUACGCAGCUGUCACCUCUCCCUUGUUUUCAUGAACUGUGCUGCUCUGUCGAGUCUGUGACGAUGACUUAAAAAAAAAAGAACAAAAAAAACCCCACCAAUGAUCAACCCGUUUUUUGCAAUAAAGAGUCUAUUAUAAUUAAAAAGAAAAAGUGAAAUUGCACCAAAUGUUCCUGAUCUCACUCUCUCAGCCAUGCUGACUGUUCUUCCUGAUGAUAUACACAGAAUCUGGUGUCUCUAGCCUGUGUUUAGUCUUCGUUUCCGUUUUUCCAUUGACAGAUUUAAUAAAAUUGUAAAUUAUUGGAA